AUGGCAGUGGUAAAAGAAAAAGCCCCGGUUAAAUUAAGUCCUAUUGAAAACUUUGCUCUCAGUGCUGUUGCUGCUGUUGUUGCGAAAACAGCAGCUGCACCUAUUGGACGUGUACAAUUACUUCUUCAAUGUCAAGGUGAAAUGCUUAAACAAGGUACAAUCAGCCGACCCUACACUGGUAUUAUUGAUUGUAUCAGGCAAACCUUCAGAAAUGAAGGUCUUAUUCCGUUUUGGCGAGGCUAUGAAUUUUGCCUUCAAGAUCACAUCAAAACAAUGUUUAAACAAAACAAAGACGAUCCAUAUAUGGUUAAUUUUGCCAAAAAUGUAGCAAGUGGUGUUAUAGCUGGUAUUUUAUCAUUAAGUUUUGUGUAUUCACUUGAUUAUGCCCGUACACGUUUAGCUAAUGAUGUUAAAAGUAUAAAGAACGGAGGUGAUGGACGUAAAUACAAUGGUCUUGUUGAUGUCUAUAGAAAAACUUUUGCUUCCGAUGUUCUAAGUCGAGAAUCUGUACCGCGCCCUAGAGAACGUACUUGGGGCCAAUUAAAUCGAUUUACUUACACCAUCGAUUUCUGCGAGAAAAUGGAUAACAUUGAAGAUAUCGGAGCCGCUAGACAAUUACUUCAUGAUUGUCAAGAUGAAGAUGAGUUUAUUAAUAAUAUGUUACUUCGUGAUAGUCAAAAUUGUUUAGAAGAGUUAUUGCAACUCGAAGAAUGUGAUAUUGCUGAAAUAGAUAAUUUGGAUUUUGAUUUAUCGUGGAUUCGAGAGGCAACCAUGACUUCAUCAUCAUAUGAUGAUAACACUUCUUGGUCGCUAUCGAACAAUCUGGAAACUAGUAAUAUUGCAUGUACUCAAAAUGAUCUGGAACUUAAUUGUCUAUAUCAGGAACGAGAAAUUGAAAAUCAGAUAAAUCGAACACUGGCAACAAUUGCAAACUCGUCAGACGAUGAAUUUAUAUUAGACAUGAACUCAAUACACAUCAGCUAUCAAAUUUUUGUUGUUGAUGCUAAAUUAUAUGAAGUUGAUAGUGAACAACGAUUACCUAAAGCACAAUAUGAAAAACUAAUAACAGAUAUGAAUAAUUCCAAUGUAAGUAUAUGA